AUGGGGAUCGAUAAUCCCAUCGGCUUCAUGGAUCUCCCGCCGGAGUUGCGUAUUCAGAUCUACAAGAUCCUUUUGAGGGGAAAUUAUUAUUGCCGUAUACGCCUUGGACAAACAGGACCUGAGAAGAAUAGCUCAGAAGACAAGCAGAAUAUUACAGAGAAAAUAAGUCUCAACACCGCAGUUUGUUACAUGUAUCCCCUUAUGCAAUUGUUCCUCACCAACAAGCAAAUCUACCUGGAAACUGUCCAUAUGUUCUACACGCACAGUAUAUUUCACGCCUGUAUUGAGCUCGGGGAGAAAGACUGGCAGACGAUAUACAAGUGGCUGGUGAUGAUCGGUCCGUAUAAUCGGAAAAAUGUCAGAAAGCUCUCGAUAGACUAUAAUUGCCUGGAAUGGGCUCCAGUACUGGAAGAUGGACGAACAGGUGAACGCUGGCUGACCGAUCUAGGCGGUGGGGAUUACUACCGGCCUAGCGACUGGUGCAGUGUCGGGCUGUCACCGACACGUGAAUGGGUCGAACUCAUCAGCCCUACGAUUGAGAAGAUAUUCAAGCUUCUGGGCGAGUGCCGCAAUGUCAUUGUCACUUUCAGCCACCUGGCAGGUGAGCUCCUGGGCCGAGUGUUGUACCCUCGGCUAUAUGAGGCGGAGAAAGGGAAGGAGUACCCCAAUUCUGAGUGGUUUGGAAUGUCAUACGAGAGUCACUGGACGUUCCGUGUUCCUUAUAGCAUGGAAAAUGUCCUAUAUGAUAAUGACCUCUACGGGGAAUACGACUUUUAUGGACCGCCGACCAGGUCGUUGCUACCGGAUCUGAUGGAGCUGUAUCGGACUCGAUAUGGUGGUAAUUCCAUCAGCGUUCUGUGGAGUGUUAUUCUUUGGUGGGGAAACUGGGAGACGAGCUGGAGAAGGAGCAUGAUUGAGCGUUCUGGGUGGGACAUACUUCGGUUAGAACCUCAUUCUUUAACACGUCAUUCAGAAGUGGUGAGUAUGGACUUGAAAAAAAGGCCAAAUAAUCUGCAGGAAUUGGCUGCACAACCGACUGGAGAUCUUCAAGCUGAUAUCGAUUUGUGUAUGCGGUGCUCUGACGAUGCAGACUAG